AUGGAGAGUCGAAAACGGAAAUCCGAGCUAGAGCUCUACAUUGACAAAUUGACAGAUCCGCCGGAGAAACAAAGAAAGAUGGCCGAAUUCUACAACAGUCUCCGAAUGUUUUAUAAAAGGCGAUGGAAUGCACAACUGAAACUUCCACAUGUUCAAGGAGUCGAAGUGAAUCUCUAUCGUCUUUACGACACCGUGAUGGCAUUGGGUGGUUGGCAAAAAGUGGCCGCUGGUGAUAAAUGGUCCGAUAUCGCAGAGAUGUUUGGUUGUAAAGACGAUAUUUUGUGUGGUGAUCAUGCUAUCAAAAUUAUCUAUAUGAGGUAUUUAUCAAAAUUCGAACAAGUUGAAACUAUCGGCGAUGUUGAUGAUUAUGUGGAUAAUGAAAUGUCGAGAAGUCGUGGGAGAAAUGCCACAUCGUUCUUCGCCACCAAUGACUGUCCGAUCAGUUAUAAUCGAAAUCAUUUGGAUCAGCAACUGAGAGAUGAAAGAGGACAAAUUAUCAAUGAUCCGGACUAUGCCAGACUCACAAAAUCGUUGAUAUCAGGACUACCGAAUGAAAUUGAUUUUGCAAUGAAUGUCUGUAUGCUAUUAUCACACGCGGGUCCGAAACAAUUGAGAAUAAGUCAUGCACCGACACUUCUUACCUUGCUGGUUGCGCAUACGGGUGUCUAUGAUGAAGAUGACAAGACAAUGUUGGAAUUAGGACAAGACUGGAAAAGAAGCACACGCCAUAACUUCCGAAGCUUCUGGGCGUCUUCUGGUGUUCCAUUGGAUUUGUUAAUGACGUUUUUGGAUCGAGAAAUCGAAUCAGAAUACGUUGAAGACGACGAUGAAUUCUUCACUUCCGUCUCCAACGCAUUUAAUGUAAAAGAUUCGAGAUGUUGGCGUCUCAAUCAAGUCACAACGAUAAUUCGAAACCUGUCAUUUGAGUCUGCCAAUCGAGUCACUAUUGUUAAGACAUGGCCGGUUAUGAAAUUCCUGAUUAUGUGCGCAUCUUGCAAAUGGUCUCCGCUUUAUGUUGCUGCUCUUGAUGCUCUUAGUAACUUGGCAACUGAUAUCGAUCUCGCCGACAAAACACUGGUAUACAUUUCUCAACACGCAAUACUUCGCAUAAUCACUGAUGGAAUAUUCAGUAUGGACAAGUUCAAACUUAUACGAUCUUUGGAAAUUUUGACUGGCCUUUGCGGUUUCGAAGGCAACGAAUCAAUCAUUUGUGACUGGUUGAAGCCCGAAACGAUAGCUCAUAUAUUUGAAAUUGUCGGAGUGAAAGACAUUAUGAUGUGUGUCUACACUCUCGAAUGCCUCUACCAAAUCUCGGAAAUGGGUGACGCCGCUUGUGAUAUGUUGUCCGAGUCGGCGAAAGCAAUUCAACAAUUGGUCUCUAUGGCAACACUGGAAGCUGUCUCAUUCGGUCCUGCCGGUCUAGCUGGAAUGAAAGUUGUCGAGUAUCAACCGAAUUUCCAACAACCCGCUGCCCAUCCCCAGCAAGCACAAAUUCAUCAAGUGCCACACCCUCAAAUGAAUCAACAAUAUGGAGGAGGACAUCAUCCGAAUGCUCGUAUGCAGCCAGGCCCAAGUCACAAUCACCAUCCACAGCAUAAUCAUCAUCAACAAAUGAGUCAUCAAGGAACUCCUGCAGCACAAGCACCUCCGAUGACUGUUCGGCAAGUUAUACAGAAUAAUCUUGCACUUCAACAAGUACAAAGAGAGCAAAUGAAUCGAGAACAACAUAGUCAACAUCAUUCUCAAGGUGGAUAUCCCCAAUCGAAUGGAUUGAGGUUCGAUCGUCGCAGUGGAAAUAUUACCGUCCGUCCGAUUGCUCCAUCUGCUACCCCGGGAGACAGUCAACUUGAACAGCUGACAGAGAGGUGGAUAAAACAAAACUGUGUGUUUGAGCCAGCGAUGUCGACUGCACGUGGAGAGCUGUAUGCUGCUUACGUGGAUGAUCUCAGAAAUCUGUAUCAUUCGAUGAGUGGAAGUCUCGCGAUGUUCAGUGGAGUUAUGAAGAACUUGUAUCCGGAUGUGAAUUUUCGAAUGGCUCCAAACGGGGUUAUGAUUGUCGCUCAAGGAAUUCGCCUAGUUCGGCCGCACCGUCUCGCUCCAGCAGGUUCUUCUCAAACACCGAUGCCCACACCACAAGUAGAUUCGAAUCCUUUGAUGAGAAAAAUGUUGAUGUCAGAGCCUGAACCACCUGUCGAAAAUGGUGUGUUAGUUAAUGGACACGCAACGGAAUCUACUGAACCAGUUGAGCAGUCUAAGCAGUCUACGAAGAUUACCAUUGAACAAAACAAAGAAGAGAAAAAGGAGAAGACACCGAAAGUAGAGGAUCAGCAAGAAUCGUCGGUAGAUGUAGCUGCUCCAUCUUCUGAUGUAGAGAAGAAAGAAGAAAAGGCACAUCCGAUGACGAACGGAACAAUUGAAGUGUGUCAGGAACCGAUCAAAGCGGCAGAACUGUUCGACGGAAUCGAAAAUACUCAAACGGAAGGAAAGGAAGUGUCGAUUGAGAUUCACGAUCAGUUUGUGAACGAAUCGGACAACAUGAAAGAAGAAACUGAAAAAGUGAACGGAAUGUGCAACGGACACUCGAAACCAAAGAAGGAGUCUGUGGCAAGUCGUGCUGCUCAUAUUGUUGCGGUAGCGGCUGCGUGUAAUGGUGAUUUGGAGAAGAUGAAUGGAGAUCCAGUAUGUAAUGGGAAUAAAGAAGGAGAAGAUAAAGAAGAGACGAAGGAAGAUUCAGUGAAAGAAACAGAUGAAGGAGAGGAAGUUGAAAAGGAAAAAGAAGAGGAGGCUUCAAAAGAAGUAUCCACUGAUCUUGAAACUACGAAACGAAAAUGUGUCCCUGUCGCGUCGACGGUAACCGAUUACAUGUGUGAUUGGGAUUGCUGUUCAUUGUACUAUUCCUCCUCUUCUCAUGUUCUCAAGCACUUAUCCGAAGAUCACGUAGCAGAGGAUCUCCGUCUUUUGUGUCGCUGGAAUGGAUGUUGUGAUCCAACACCACGUAAUCGUUGGUCACUCAUCACUCAUAUACAAGAUACGCAUUGCAAUGAGACACAACUGAAAUUAGGUGCUCAAAAGAGAAGAGAUGGAACUGCUAUUGCUCGACCUAUGCAACGUCCGGAUAUUGUGCCACGUGACUUGAGUAAUCAUCCAGGAUACGCUAAGAAUGCAGCAUAUGAAGCCAUCAGAAGACACGCUCUGAACUUUUUGACUCGUGAACUCACUGAGGAGCCUGAAGGACCAGUGACGAAGAGCAUCCGGUUGACGAGUUGUCUUAUUCUGAGAAAUCUUGCAAGAUACUCAUCUGAUGGAAGACAAAAGCUCCGCCGUCACGAAUCCCACAUAUGUGUGCUGGCGUUGUCCCGAUUAGAAAGCUCCCAUGCCCUUUGUCAAUUGCUGUCCGAAUUGCAUCAAACCCCUUCGGCUGAAGAGGAACAACAGAAGUCAUUGUCACAAGCUCCAUCGUCAGCUUCUCUGUCAUCGAUGGGUGGAAGCUCCUCGCAGCUUCCCACUGUUCCUGACUCGCCGACUCCAACAACGACGAUGAAGACACCAUUCAGAAAACCGAGUGCGGUCAACAGGCCAAUAGCACCUGUAAAUCGGAUGUUAAAUUUCUCCUCAUUUACGGCAACCCCUGAUAAACCGUCCACAUCUUCUCCCGCACCAUUCGUUAGCCCUUCACAUCGCCAUCAGACGAUUCAGCAACACCUUCCAACACAACCAUCUCCAUUAGUUCAAACUACACCACUCCGCGCUGGCGCUGGAAUUUAG